CCUUCGAGGGAGGAGGAGGCGCCGCCGUGUCGCGGAGGUCGGGAGUGAGGCUUUCUCGGUGGUGAAAUCUAUCAUGUGGGCGGCGUGUUGCAACUGGUUUUGCCUGAAUGGACAGCCUGAGGAUAUGCAACAUUGCCCACAGCCAGGAACUCGAGCAUACUCCAACGCCGGCUACAGCUCCUUCCCGUCUCCCGCAGCUUCCGAGCAGAGUUGCAAAGCCUGCGGGGCGCAUUUCAGCAGCUCCUUCCUUAAGCGUGUCUGCUCGGACUGCAAAAAGAACUUCUGCCCUUCCUGUUCACACCAGCCUGAGGGUGGCCCCUGCCUCUGCCACCUCUGCCAGCGAUUCCGAGCUACAGCCUUUCGGAGGGAAGAACUCAUCAAAAUGAAAGUGAAGGACUUGCGAGAUUAUCUGGAACUCCGGGAGAUCUCCACAGAGAUGUGCCGUGAGAAAGAUGAGCUAGUGUGCUUGAUCAUCGGUCAGCAGCCCUUGAAUCCCCAAGGGGAGAGGUUACCCCCAUUUCCUGACCCAGCAUCAGUUUCCGUUGCCCGGGAGGAGUGUACAAGUAUACCAGCCUCACUGGAUUAUUCUCCAGAGCAAAUUUCCACAGACCCUGCCUUGCAGACCGAGGAGCAUCCCCAGGCAAAUGGGCACGUGCUGCCGAGCCAGGACGAUAUGGCAGAAGUUGAGAAUGCAGUGGAAACCCUGACUGAGGAGGAGACGCAGUCCACUGAUUCAGAAGAUAACCUAGUUGCGGGACGGAGGGCAUCCCUCUCUGACCUGACGAGUGUGAGAGACAUCGAUGCCCUCUCAGUAAGGCAGUUGAAGGAGAUCCUGGCUCGCAACUUUGUUAACUACAAGGGCUGUUGUGAGAAGUGGGAGCUGAUGGAGAGGGUGACCCGCCUUUACAAAGAGAAGGACCUCCAGCAGCUGGUUUCAGAUACAGAUGAUCAAACUGCUCCAUCUGGUAACGCCACACUUCCUGGCUCAGAAGAAAAUCUCUGCAAGAUCUGUAUGGACUCCAUCAUUGACUGUGUCCUAUUGGAGUGUGGCCACAUGGUGACUUGCACAAAGUGUGGGAAACGCAUGAAUGAGUGUCCCAUCUGCCGGCAAUACGUGAUAAGAGCUGUCCACGUUUUCAGGACUUAAGGGCACAGGAAGCAGGACUAAUAUUGUCUUAGUUUCUUCCACUGUGACAGAGAGCACCAGUCCCAGCUACCCAGUCCCCAUUCUUAAGAAGCCCACAGAUGAUAGGUGAGAUGAAGGAUGGAGGGCUGUGAAGACUUGAGCUGUGAUUGGCUGCAUACCCCGUCUAAUACUGUGCAUUAUACCACAGUGCCUGGAGAGCUGGACGUCCUCAGUAGAUCUAGAAAGCAACAUGCCUUUCCUUUUUUUGUCAGCUUUUGACAGGGCAUAAAGAAACUCUUGAUGUUUCCAAGACAUUGAGGCUCUUCCCCUCUGGAGUGAAUAAACAAGGUGAUCUAAAGAGGAAGAGAGAUUUGCACCUCUCAAUUCUCCUUUCUCUAAAACCUUGAAGGGGAGGGUAUGUAUUCCUUUUUUAGGAUAUUGUAAUUUUUUACACUUCGUUUUUUAGCUAGCCUUGCAGGUCAGGCUGAAAGUUGCCUCUUCCACUGCCUUGGAUUCUUAUACAGAGUAAAUCUGUACCCUACCACAGUGGCCAUGGUGACGUAUCUAUGUAUGAAUGCGGCUGUGGGUGAGGAGGGGACUUAGAAUGAUGGAGGUGAAAUUUUGGCAGGUUUGUAGUGAAUGGGUAUCUCAGGGAUAGUUUCUGUUUUUUUUCUUCUUUUUUUUUUGGUAAUUCUGUCAUGAUCAAAAUGUGGCCUUUUAGGAGAUUAAGUUGCAUUACAAUUGAUUUGUCUUGUGUUAUCAUUGGGGAAAGCCCCUACCUUUGUACUGGAUCUUGUUCAUGGAAUUUGCAUUGGGGACAAUAAGGAAGAACCAGUCCCGUUUUGAAAGGCCAUUGUCUGAUCAUAAACUACAUUAAGGCCUAUCCUUGGCCAAGGAUCCUCUUCAUUUCAUUCUUUUGUUCUAUGUUGGUAUUCAUUGCCUUUCUGAUACGGUAUCUCAUACUGAGAUGAACAGAUGUCCAGAUUGCUUUCUUCAGGAGUCCAACUACUUGAUUUUUUUUUAAGUAUACAUUUUGCCUUUAAAUGCCAAGUGUUGGCAUUUCGUUUGCUUCUGUUCUAAAAAAAAAAAGUUCUGUUCUUUAAUCAUUCAGCAAAGCACUGGUAGAAAUUGGAUGCACAAGAUCAGAGAUGGGUCUUUUCAUUAGUAAGGGAGGCUGCUGAAGGUGGAGGGGCUUCUGCCAUGUUCUACUUAGACCAUUUUUGAGUGACUAUGCAAAUGUGUUCAGCUAUCAGACUACAGUUCAUGAAUUCCCAUGAACCAUGGACUGAAUCCUACUUUUACAAGUGAUGGAGAGGACUGUUGUAGGAAUAACCAUGGAAAAAGCUCAUCAGUAAUUCUUUAAAAUGGUAUGGAAAAAAUCCAGGAGAACCACUUAGCUGUUUACAUACUAUCUUCUUCCAAGGGCAUUUCAGAAAGGCUGUUUUUCUCUCCAUGGUUGUAUAAAAGCCUUAAGAAAUGUGGCACUUUCGUAUCAGCUGCUUCCUUCACUGUUGCAUCUUAAUUCCCAGUCAGCCCAAGUGCUUUCUCAAAUUCUGGUUGUUUCCCAAAUUGCCUUGCAGGUUGAAGAUGCCUUAAUUUGCCUUGAACCCACAAUACACAAUCUGGCCCUUCCAGAUGUUUUGUACUGCAAUUCUUUUCACCUUAGCAGCAAAGGAAUUGUACUUCAAAACAUAGGAAGUGCACUAUCCCUGCCUUAGGUUCUGAGGUAUCUGUAAAAUAAGAGGAACGUAGGCAAUUUGCUUAUAGGUUGCACCGAUGGGUAGAUAGGUUUAUUGUGGAGAGCUUGCAUCACAAAUAUUUCCUCCCCUUUCCCCUUCUCCCAUGGAAUUCCACAGGUGCCCAAAGAAAGCUUUUCUGGAAAUCAGUGUGCACAUGGAGCAUGUGUUAUGUAAAUUACCCUUCCCGUCUGUUAGUGUUUCCAAAGAUCUAGCCUCAAAAUUGCACUACUGGGCAUGGCGAUAUCCCAAAUGCCUGGCACAUUAGCCUUGGUCCUUGUUAACCUCUGCUCCACCUGCUUUUUGUAAGAGCUUUUGAUAACAUUUUGCAAGAUACAACCUCUACUUGUAUAUCUGUAACCUCUGCAACCAAUAUCAUAGUUUGUGGAUAGCAAAAAGCUUUUUCUGGGGGGGGGGUGCUUUGGUGCAAUUUUAAACUGAAGAACAUGGAUUGGCACUGUAUCAAGCCAAUGUUGGAAACAAUUGAUAACCCAUUGCUUUGGGAUGGUGGGCGGGAGGGAGGAAAAAAACUGCUUUUUUCAUGUAGGAAAACUUAAAACUUCAGUUAAUGUUAGAAAUCUUAUUUGAGUCACUGCUAUUUUGCUCUUAAACUUCUCUUUUCCCUCUUAGGAAGGAUUUUUUUCUUUUCACUUUACAUUCCAAUUCUGGGCCUGUUGAUGAAUAAAGGAGCAUAUAUGGUGAAUAUUGUGAACAAAGAUGAUUAUGCGUAAGAGAAAAUUGUUGGUAUGGGUAACAGUGGCGAAGAAGAGAUAGGAAACUGAAGAAGGAAAAUACACAAGUCUACCUGCGACUAAAGUUCCAUGUGAACAGGGAGGUGACUUAACAAAUAAGACGUGGCUGCUGGGCCUUCCCAAAGUGUUGGGCUAUUCUGAUCCUCCCCACUCAGGAAAAAAAGGAGUUGCGGGCAAGACAAUUGUGCUCCAGUAAUGGGUAAUACAAGUAGCUUGUUUCCUUCACGGCGUCACUUGGUUUUUUAAUUACGUUCCCGCUGCCACCCUGUUUUGAUUCAAAAUUUGGUAUUUGCCAUGACUGUGAUUUGAAUUUUGGUGAAGUGAAAUUUUCUCCGUAAGGUGAUACUGCUUUGUGACUGAUAGGAGACUGCUGCUGCUGCACGAAGCUGUAGAGGAAUUCUUUUGUUCUGGCAGAAAAAUUAAUAUAGCAAUGUAUGCUUGGCUGAACAGUGGGAAAGUAAACCUUGACUGUGAGAAGCUGUGUUUUACACAGGCCUCGCUAGCACAGAGUCCUGCUUUAUAAUUUUAUAAUAAAAUGGAAAUGUGUUAUUA